AUGAAUUCCACGCUGUCUUUCUUCGGGGUUCAUCCUCAUCGCUCCCAUUCUAAGCAAGAGCACGCUGCGAAGAACCAUUGGAGACGCUCUACAACAGACAACAGCAGCGAUACGGUGGUAAGGGCAAUCACCUUCCCUCCAAGCCAAUGUUCGCACCUAAGUGGAGGCGCAAUCUCUUCCAACAAUGAACACAGUGACUCGCGCUCCUGUAGUCCGAGAAGUACAAUCCGGCGACGAAGAGAAAGCUUUGCUGUUAACGAACUUCCCUCCGGUCGGCGUCUCACUCAUGAACAGCAACAAUGGGAGGAAGAAGAAUCGGCACUGCUCCGAAGAGAGCUUCUUGAGGCCCAAACCAAGAUCCGGCGACAGGAGAUCUUACUCUUCCGCCUACAGAUGGACCCUUACGCGGAUCGUCAGUACCCCGAUACCAUCAUAGAUAGGGAAUACCAACGAUUCAUAUACGGUGUACAGCAGGCCGCUUGGAGAAUAUGUGAUAUCAUGAGAUAUAAUUGUGGGACUCUUAGCCACGCUAUCUCCACCAUGAGGGAAUGGGAGCACGAGAUGCAUCAGGACGAAAGUAGUGCACUUCAAUUGAGCAAGCUUUUGAGUCUCAUAAGAUCCUCGUCAUAUAGCAAAGCGCUGUACCGAUCAAGUGUGGCCAUGAUCGUAUUUCUUGCUUUCGAGAGAUGGGCCUUUUCACCACGGAAUAUCUCAGCCAGCAUUUCUCCAGAUAAGAAUGCGGCCUUCCAAAGCAUAUUCCAAUGGUUGCUCUCGAGCAUCAAAGUGGACCAUAUAUCUGACCAAGAUUCCGGGGCUCGGUUGAAGGAUGCAGAGGAAUGGCGACUCAGGACCGUUCUUUACAUCGCGCGUUCCCAGUCUGCCCCUCAAGGUAGGGAUCUUACGAAACAAAGAAUCUUGCGUGAGCUAUGUCAGCUUUUCAUGAUCCGCGAUAGUUCAUCUGAGAUGGGAAGUGUUCUCGAUGGCCUCAUUGACAGUGGGAUCGAUUUAGCCGGCUUUCUGCAGGAACAACAAAGUAUCUACCACUUUGUACGAUUAAAGGGCCGCUAUGAUCCUGAGACUAUGGAGCUUCACGAGCCUCAGCGGGCCGAGUGGUCGCUUAACCAGGGCAGUAAUGCUGAAGUACUAGUUUCUAUAUAUCCAUCCUUAGUGAAGCUUGUUGCGUCGCGACCAUUUACCUGCCAUGUAUCUAAAGGUAACGCACUUUGUCGUCCUAUGUCUGAUGGGAAGGGCAUGUACCAUGGUCCCCCGAUGAGAAGGCGGACUACAUGA